CUUGGGUGAAUCGCAUCAUGGCUUUGCGCAUGGCAUUCUUGGUGUGUUGCGCUUUGACCGGGGCAGGAGUUAAGCUCUUGGAAGCUCCUGUGGGCGCAACAACUGUGCUGAUCACCAGCAAUGCUUUGGUGGUCCUCGUGAUGUUGUUGGUGUUUUUCUGCAAGGAGACCCCAUCAGCUGUCGAAUCAUCGGACACCAAUGAGCCACACAAGGUCUUGGAAAAGUUGCUGGAAUACGAGGUGCCGUUGCAAAACAUUCCAUCUGAUCCUCAGAAGGGAGAGAACUUGGUGGAAGCUUUUAAGAACAGUGAAGGGAAGAUCAUUGUGCGUGACCCCGAUGGCUACUACUUGGAGCUUUGCAACUGCGACGUCCCCACGGCCUUUUGCCUCUUCAAGGAGAUUGCCAAGGAGAAGAAACCAGGCUAUGUCCCGAAGUACAAGAAACUCAUGGAUGCCAUAUGAUGCCAUGCUCAUCCAUGCUCAGCACAUACAAUGAGGAGAAGCCCAAAGAUCGCCGCAGAGCGGCCUGAUGCUGGCUUUGGCAUGAGACCAUGCUAAGAUGCAGAGCUACCUGCGCGCUUGGCACAGCUUUGCCAGUCAUCAAGCUCAAGUAUCAGAGCUCAGGAAGAGAUUUGUAGCGACGCGGCCUGAUGCUGGCUUUGGCAUGAGACCAUACUAAGAUGCAGAGCUACCUGUGCGCUUGGCACAGCUUUGCCUGUCAUCAAGCUCAAGCAUCAGAGCUCAGGAAGAGAUUUGUAGCGACGCGGCCUGAUGCUGGCUUUGGCAUGAGACCAUACUAAGAUGCAGAGCUACCUGUGCGCUUGGCACAGCUUUGCCUGUCAUCAAGCUCAAGUAUCAGAGCUGGAAGAGGAAGAGAUUUUGUAGUGACGCGGCCUGAUGCUGGCUUUGGCAUUUGACGAUACUAAGAUGCAGAGCUACCUGUGCGCUUGGCACAGCUUUGCCUGUCACCAAGCUCAAGUAUCAGUGACGUGUAGUGACAGAAUCAGACUGCAAGGGGCAGGCUGACUAUGUCUCACUUCUUAAAAAAAAAACUAUAUGGCAUUCAGUUUUGUUUCAUUUAGCAAGCUGAGUGCCUAAUUUCUAAGUGCGAACCCGCAACCAGCCUCAGUGGCAGUUGGGCAGUUGGGCAUGUACCGC